GCUCACAGAGGAAGAUGGCGGCUGCGCUUUUGGAGGAGAGGGAUUGAGAGGGGCGGAGGGAGGAGGCCCAGACAGAAGAGGUAUUCUCGACAGUAAAGACGAACUCUUCGCUUGCCCUUAGGAGCUGUGCUUAACGCCAGACGGGUCUCGCUAUGUUGCCCAGGCUGGAGUACAGUGGCUAUUCACAGGUGCACACUACAUAUAUCAUAGCGCAUUACAGCCUCGAACUCCUGGGCUCAAGCGAUCCUCCUGCCUCAGCCUCCCGAGUAGCUGGGACUACAGGUUUGCGCUGCCACGCCUGGCUCUUUCAACUGUUUUGACUAUUCUGUCCUAGAGGGAAAACAUCACCAUGGCUACAGAGAUUGGUUCUCCUCCUCGUUUUUUUCAUAUGCCAAGGUUCCAACACCAGGCGCCUCGACAGUUGUUUUAUAAGCGACCUGAUUUUGCACAGCAGCAGGCUAUGCAACAGCUUACCUUUGAUGGAAAACGAAUGAGAAAAGCUGUAAACCGAAAAACAAUAGACUACAAUCCAUCUGUAAUUAAGUAUUUGGAGAACAGAAUAUGGCAAAGAGAUCAAAGAGACAUGCGAGCAAUUCAGCCUGAUGCAGGUUAUUAUAAUGAUCUGGUCCCACCUAUUGGAAUGUUGAAUAAUCCUAUGAAUGCAGUAACAACAAAAUUUGUUCGAACUUCAACAAAUAAAGUGAAGUGUCCAGUAUUUGUUGUUAGGUGGACUCCAGAAGGAAGACGGUUGGUCACUGGAGCUUCUAGUGGCGAGUUCACCUUGUGGAAUGGACUCACUUUCAAUUUUGAAACGAUAUUACAGGCUCACGACAGCCCAGUGAGGGCCAUGACUUGGUCACAUAAUGACAUGUGGAUGUUGACUGCAGACCACGGAGGAUAUGUGAAAUACUGGCAGUCGAACAUGAACAACGUCAAGAUGUUCCAGGCACAUAAGGAGGCGAUUAGAGAGGCCAGUUUCUCACCCACGGAUAAUAAAUUUGCUACAUGCUCUGAUGACGGCACUGUUAGAAUCUGGGACUUUCUUCGUUGCCAUGAGGAAAGAAUUCUCCGAGGGCAUGGUGCUGAUGUGAAAUGUGUAGACUGGCAUCCAACCAAAGGGUUAGUUGUUUCAGGAAGUAAAGAUAGUCAACAGCCAAUCAAGUUCUGGGAUCCCAAGACUGGGCAGAGUCUUGCAACACUUCAUGCCCAUAAAAACACAGUAAUGGAGGUGAAAUUAAAUCUCAAUGGCAAUUGGUUACUCACAGCGUCACGUGACCACCUCUGUAAACUUUUUGAUAUCCGAAACCUGAAAGAGGAGCUUCAAGUCUUCCGAGGUCAUAAGAAAGAAGCCACAGCUGUGGCCUGGCAUCCUGUUCAUGAAGGGCUUUUUGCAAGUGGAGGGUCUGAUGGUUCUUUGUUAUUCUGGCAUGUUGGGGUAGAGAAGGAAGUAGGUGGGAUGGAGAUGGCCCAUGAAGGAAUGAUCUGGAGUCUGGCUUGGCAUCCUCUUGGACAUAUUCUCUGUUCAGGCUCAAAUGACCACACUAGCAAAUUCUGGACUCGAAACCGACCGGGUGAUAAAAUGCGAGAUCGAUAUAAUCUAAACCUUUUACCUGGAAUGUCUGAAGAUGGAGUAGAAUACGAUGACCUUGAACCUAAUAGCCUGGCAGUAAUUCCAGGGAUGGGAAUACCAGAGCAGCUAAAAUUAGCUAUGGAACAAGAACAGAUGGGGAAAGAUGAAUCAAAUGAAAUUGAAAUGACAAUUCCAGGUUUAGAUUGGGGAAUGGAGGAGGUGAUGCAAAAGGAUCAGAAAAAAGUACCUCAGAAGAAAGUUCCUUAUGCAAAACCUAUUCCUGCACAGUUUCAGCAGGCUUGGAUGCAAAAUAAAGUUCCAAUUCCUGCUCCAAAUGAGGUGCUAAAUGACAGAAAAGAAGACAUUAAAUUGGAAGAGAAGAAAAAAACACAAGCAGAAAUUGAGCAAGAAAUGGCCACCUUGCAGUAUACUAACCCACAACUUCUGGAGCAACUUAAAAUUGAAAGACUUGCACAGAAACAGGCUGAGCAAAUUCAGCCUCCUCCCUCAUCUGGCACCCCUCUCCUCGGACCCCAGCCUUUUCCAGGACAAGGUCCAAUGUCUCAGAUUCCUCAAGGUUUUCAACAGCCCCAUCCAUCUCAACAGAUGCCAAUGAACAUGGCUCAAAUGGGGCCUCCAGGUCCACAGGGACAGUUUAGGCCCCCUGGACCCCAGGGGCAAAUGGGACCACAAGGUCCUCCACUGCAUCAGGGAGGUGGGGGGCCACAAGGAUUCAUGGGACCACAAGGACCCCAGGGCCCACCCCAGGGGUUGCCGCGGCCUCAGGACAUGCACGGGCCCCAAGGAAUGCAGAGACAUCCUGGACCUCAUGGCCCUUUGGGACCUCAAGGACCGCCUGGACCACAGGGUAGUUCUGGUCCUCAAGGUCAUAUGGGUCCUCAGGGUCCACCUGGCCCACAGGGUCACAUAGGCCCCCAAGGUCCACCUGGUCCUCAGGGUCACUUGGGCCCACAGGGUCCUCCUGGUACUCAAGGUAUGCAGGGACCACCUGGUCCCAGAGGAAUGCAAGGACCACCUCAUCACGGUAUACAAGGCGGGCCAGGCUCUCAAGGGAUCCAAGGUCCUGUGUCUCAGGGACCUCUUAUGGGAUUGAAUCCAAGAGGAAUGCAAGGGCCUCCAGGCCCCCGAGAGAAUCAGGGUCCUGCUCCCCAAGGGAUGAUGAUGGGCCAUCCACCUCAAGAGAUGAGAGGACCUCACCCUUCAAGCGGACUACUGGGACACGGCCCUCAGGAAAUGAGAGGUCCUCAGGAGAUGCGUGGCAUGCAGGGGCCUCCACCUCAAGGAUCAAUGUUGGGUCCUCCCCAGGAAUUGCGAGGACCUCCAGGCUCACAAGGUCAACAGGGGCCACCUCAGGGCUCUUUAGGACCUCCACCCCAGGGUGGCAUGCAAGGGCCCCCUGGACCUCAGGGACAGCAGAACCCAGCAAGAGGGCCACAUCCAUCUCAAGGGCCAAUACCAUUCCAGCAGCAGAAAACACCUCUGCUAGGUGAUGGGCCCCGGCCUCCCUUCAACCAGGAAGGACAGAGCACAGGCCCCCCACCCCUGAUACCAGGCCUAGGGCAACAGGGAGCACAAGGUCGCAUUCCCCCUCUGAACCCUGGACAAGGACCUGGCCCAAACAAAGGUGACUCCCGCGGCCCUCCAAACCAUCACAUGGGCCCGAUGUCAGAGAGGCGGCAUGAGCAGAGCGGCGGCCCUGAGCAUGGGCCUGAGAGGGGGCCUUUCCGGGGGGGCCAGGACUGCAGGGGUCCCCCUGAUAGGCGUGGCCCUCACCCCGACUUCCCUGAUGACUUCAGCAGACCAGAUGACUUCCACCCUGACAAGCGCUUUGGCCACCGGUUACGUGAAUUUGAGGGACGAGGAGGACCUUUACCACAAGAGGAGAAGUGGAGGCGAGGGGGCCCCGGGCCUCCAUUUCCUCCUGAUCACAGGGAAUUCAGCGAGGGGGAUGGCCGGGGUGCAGCCCGAGGCCCUCCUGGGGCGUGGGAAGGCCGCAGACCAGGAGAUGAACGGUUUCCCCGGGAUCCUGAGGACCCACGUUUUCGAGGGCGCAGAGAAGAAAGCUUCAGAAGAGGUGCUCCCCCAAGACAUGAGGGCCGUGCUCCCCCCAGAGGAAGGGAUGGUUUUCCUGGUCCUGAGGACUUUGGUCCAGAGGAGAAUUUUGAUGCUUCUGAUGAAGCGGCCCGAGGACGCGAUCUCAGAGGUCGAGGUCGGGGUACCCCCCGAGGAGGAAGGAAGGGUUUACUUCCCACUCCUGACGAGUUCCCUCGCUUUGAAGGAGGACGGAAGCCAGACUCCUGGGAUGGAAACAGAGAGCCAGGGCCAGGUCAUGAACAUUUCCGUGAUGCUCCCCGCCCUGAUCAUCCCCCUCAUGAUGGUCAUUCCCCUGCAAGCAGAGAACGCUCCUCCUCUCUCCAAGGUAUGGAUAUGGCAUCCUUACCACCCCGAAAGCGUCCUUGGCAUGAUGGGCCGGGCACUUCUGAGCACAGAGAGAUGGAGGCCCCAGGGGGUCCUUCUGAGGACCGUGGAGGCAAAGGCCGAGGGGGCCCAGGACCUUCACAGAGAGUGCCAAAAUCAGGACGUUCUAGUUCAUUGGAAGGAGAUCACCACGAUGGGUACCACAGAGAUGAACCUUUUGGGGGACCUCCAGGCAGUGGCACCCCUUCUCGAGGGGGCCGGAGCGGCAGUAACUGGGGUAGAGGGAGUAAUAUGAACUCUGGCCCACCAAGGCGAGGAUCAUCAAGAGGGGGUGGCAGAGGUCGGUAGAAGUUGUGGCUGAGCACUCUGAGGCUGCUCUGGAUAGUAUUUAAGAACUUCUUGUGGACUUAACCAAGCAAAACAAAAGGAAGCUUGUACCAUUGUAGCCCUGAACUUCUUUCUGGGGCAGCUGAAUCCCAGGAACCUCCGAUGAGGUCUUCAAAAUGAAGAGACUGCCGCUGGCUGCCUAGAGUAGCUGGCCUUGUUUUGUCCUGUCCACUCUCAUCGCUCUAAAUCCCAUGUUUUGUGAAGAUAAAAGCUGGAAUUUUUUUUUUUUAGUGUCACGAGACAUGGAGCACCUCCACAAAUUUAAGUUCAUGUCCAAUUGGAAAUUUGUUCCUAUAUGUACAGUUUGUCAGAGAAAAAACAUUAAGUUGUUUUUGUAUGAAUACAGAAUGUGAUUUAAGCAAGAAUU